GUAUGAGUAUUUGGACACGAAAUAGUUUAUUUUCGUGAAAAGUAUUUGUGGCGAGUAGUCACCGUUUUUAUAUUGGAACGUGUCCCGAGACGUCAACCGGAAGCAGCUCCUCUCUCUUUCUCCUCCGCUUCCUAGCGAGCUGGAGUCUGUAUCGCAACAAGACAAACACGACUAGAAUGUUCUCUCUUAUUUGGUGCCGCUUGUUGGCAGCUUUCAAGUUGUACCUGCUUGGCUUGGAGGUCCUUGUGAUGCAGCUCCUCAGCACACGCUUCAGGUUGCCAGCGAUGCCCAGACAAGAUGGCAAGGUUGCCGUAGUGACAGGAGGAGACAGUGGAAUCGGCUAUGAGGUCGCCCGCCACAUGGCCAAGCUGGGGGCACACGUUAUCAUAGGUUCGAGGAAUGAGCAGCGGGGCCUGGCAGCCGUCAGAAGGAUCCAGCAAGAGUACAGUGAGGCUCAAGUGGACUUCCAGAAACUGGACCUGGCCUCUCUGCAGUCUGUCCGUCAGUUCGUCCAAAGCUUCAAGGAGCGCGACUUACCACUCAAUAUUCUGCUCAAUAAUGCGGGGGUGAUGCUGGUUCCCGAGGGCCGCACAGAAGAUGGAUUUGAAGUGCACUUUAGUGUCAACUAUCUGGGCCACUUCCUGUUGACCUGGCUGCUUCUGGACAAUUUAAAAAGCAGCGGCGAACCCACCAGCGUCUCCCGCGUGGUCAACACUUCCUCCUCGGCACACCGCCUCGGCCAGAUCCGACUGGACGACUUGAACAGCGGCCAGUGCUACUCGGCCCACGGAGCUUAUUGUGACAGUAAGCUGGCCCAGAUCCUGUUCAGCGCCCACCUCCACCAGGAGCUGCAGCGGGGAGAUUUCCCGGUGACUUCCUGCGCUGUGGAUCCUGGCAUGGUGGACACUGCUCUCUACUGCCACCUGUGGACACCCCUCCGCCUGGCACAGGGUGUGGUGGCACGCCUGCUUUUCAAGACUCCUGCCGAGGGGGCCGCCACUGUCCUGUACGCCGCUCUGUCACCAGCACUGGAGGGCGACCGCGGAGCAGGCUACUGGGCCAACGGGCGCCGGGAGAGGACCACGCCUCCGACCUCCGACCCUCGGACGCAGCGCCUCCUUUGGGAAACCAGCCACAGCCGGGUGUUGUGUGCAGCGUUUGUAACCGGAGGGCUGACGAGCUGAGAUUGCGUCUCGGCGGUAAAGACGUUGCCUAAAUAAGAAAACAAGCAAGCGGGUCUCGCCGGAGCAAACACACGUGCGUCUUCUCGCAUCUCAAUGAAAACAUCAGCUUGCCGCCAGCUAAAAAAAAAAAAAUAAAAAAAAAAAAAAACCCUUGUGGUUAAAACGUGAUGUUUUUAGUGCUUCUGAGGCCAUCCUUUCCCCAGCGGGGGUGCGUUCAAGAGCACUCGGCCUUCUCCACACAGACGGGACAAAAAGGUGUAGAGCAUCCAAAGUCUUUCCCCUGGCGUGUCUUUUACUUUGAAGGCGUUGUUUUGUGGACUCCUGCCUGCCUGACCUGGGAUGACGUUUAUAUUAAAUGUUCCCAGCUCCGCCUACAUGUGUACCUCCUAAAUAAAGACUGGAAUCCUUCUGCGUUUUCUCCUCCGCCGCGGGGCGUCACAUGAUGUUUGUCGAUGUUGACUUCUGAAACACGCAAAAAUGUUUUCUGUUGACCCGCUUGUAAAAGUCAACCCCCCCCCCCCCCCCCCCCACGACUGUGUAAACGUGACCUUUCCAUGUAGCGAUGACUUUGUUCCAACUGUGAAUCGGUCUUGUCCCGUGUUGCUGUAAAAACUCCUGGAGGCGAGCCUGAGCGGGCCACAACUUCUCUGUCCAGUCCUGACUUUCUUUUCUAGGACCCGGAGCCUCUCAAUAAACAUAUCAUGGUGUC